AUGCCCACCGAGUCCCCAUACCCACGCAUUCAGAUCCCAGACGUCGGUCUGUGGGACUUUAUGUUUGAACGGAAAGAUAAACCCUACCCGGAUGACCAUGUUGUUUAUCAAGAUCCCUAUACCAAGCGCACUUAUACCUACGCUCAGACUCGCACUGCCGCUAUCGAUUUUGGCAAAGGCCUCAAGGGCGCAUGGGAUUGGCAAAAGGGUGAUGUCCUUGCCCUGUAUACGCCAAACUGCAUUGACACACCCAUUGUCAUGUGGGGUGCCCACUGGGCAGGAGCCACUGUCUCUCCCGCCAAUCCCGGCUACAGUGCAGAUGAAUUGGCCUUCCAGCUGAAAGACUCGGGCGCAAAGGCUCUGGUCACCCAAUGGCCCGUUAUUGAGACUGCUCGCGCCGCCGCAAAGAAGGUCGGACUACCCGAAGACCGCAUCAUUCUGAUCGGCGACCAGAAAGAUCCCGACAUGAUGGUCAAGCACUUUACUUCAAUCCGCAACACUGCCGGCACCAACCGCUACCGACGUACAAAGGUCGACUCCAACAAGGAUCUGGCUUUCUUGGUCUAUUCCAGCGGCACUACAGGUCUCCCCAAGGGUGUCAUGCUGAGCCACAAGAACAUUGUUGCAAACACGCUCCAAGUUUCUGCAGCAGAAAACAACUUGGACCAGAAGGACAGAAUUCUUUCUUUCCUUCCCUUCUUCCACAUCUACGGUUUAACCGUCAUUUUGCACGCCAGUUUCUACAAAGGUUGUCGCGUGGUAGUCAUGCCCAAGUUCGAUAUUGAAGACUUCUGCCGCAUCACACAGGAGGAAAAAAUCACUUUCAGCUAUGUCGCCCCUCCGGUAGUCUUGCAUUUGAGCAAGCAUCCUGUCGUCGACAAGUAUGAUUUGAGCUCAAUACGCAUGAUGAACUCAGGUGCUGCCCCUCUGACCAAAGAGCUUGUGAAUGCCGUCUAUGAUCGUAAAAAGCUCAAGAUCAAGCAAGGUUACGGCUUGAGUGAAACCUCGCCAACUACUCACACGCAGAGAUGGGAGGACUGGCAGUCCACUGUCGGUAGUGUCGGCAUUUUGCUGCCAAACAUGACCGCCAAAUACAUGUCGCCAGAAGAGAAGGAAGUACCAGCCGGAGAAGUCGGUGAACUGUGGCUGAAAGGGCCCAAUGUAUUCCAGGGUUAUUUGAACAAUCCCGAGGGUACAGCGAACGCCUUGACGUCCGAUGGCUACUUCAAGACUGGCGAUGUUGGUUACCAAGACAAGAACAACAACUUUUUCAUCACCGAUCGAGUCAAGGAAUUGAUCAAGUACAAGGGCUUCCAGGUUCCGCCGGCAGAGCUUGAGGGCUAUCUCGUUGCACAUGACAAGAUCGAUGAUGUUGCAGUCAUCGGCAUUUACAGAGAAGACAUUGCGACAGAAGUUCCUAGAGCAUAUGUUGUACCACGUAAGGGUGUCGAAGCUGGCAAAGCUCUCGAGGACGAUAUUGUCAACUGGAUUGGGGCAAAGGUCGCAAAUCACAAGAAGCUGAGGGGUGGUGUCAAGUUUGUCGAUCAGAUCCCCAAGAGCAUCAGUGGAAAGAUUUUGCGACGAGUGUUGAAGGCACAAGCUGACGAAGAGGCCAAGAAGGGUCAAAAAGCCAAGCUGUAG